AUGAGCGGUGAAAUAGAGGUAACAGAAACACCAAAUUGGCUUAAAGAGCUUGAAGAGAAAAGAGAAAAACGACUAAAAGCCAGAUUGGGGCAUGAGGCAGGUGCUGGAGCGCCUUGUUUGAAAUGUGGUGAAAAAUGCCCAGGAUUGGACCUACAUUUUUGGAGAAAGUGUUGUAAAAAUUGCAAAUGCCCGAAAGAAGAGCAUGAAGUCCAGGAUGAUGACAUAUAUGGAUGGGCCCAAUUCCAACUUCUUGGCAGUAAGCCUAAUAAAAUUAAAAGGAAAAUUUUACUGCCAGGAAAAAAAGACGAAAUCGACUUGGAAUGGGUACCAAAAGGACAUAACGAAACUAUUGAUAAGUACCUCAAAACUUUGCCUCCAGAAAAAUUGCCAGUCAAAGGAUCCCAGGCAGCUCAAGAUCGAAAACAACUCCUUCAAAAACAAAUACCUAUUCACGAUAUAGAUCCUACACUCUGUCAUGAUCUUACUGAAGACGAACUGAAUAAGAUGAAUGAAUACAUUUCGUACGUUAAGCAAGCUAGUGCUGGCAUAGGUCAAAUCGUCAGCUUAUCUAGCAUUAUCAAAGGAAAACUUCAUAUGUUAAAUCCAGCAGAGGCAGCUAUAAUAGCUAGUCGGUACGCCAAAGGAGUACCUAUGUCUGAAAUUGUUAAACUACAAGGGCAUAACAAAACGAGUACUUUGGGACAGAGCUUGGAUAAACUGAGUUUGAAAAAUAAAAGUCUACCUCAGUUUAACCCGAAUGUUCAAAAUCAAUCUGAAGAUAUUACGAAUCCUUUAGUUUCUACUAAAAUGCACGAUAUGGAAUAUUCUCUGUAUAGUAGUAAUGACACAAUUAGGCCGACACCAAAUGCACAAUUCUCAUCAGGAAUUGGUCCCAGGCAAUUCAAAAAUCUAACCAGUCAGGUGCCCAUUGAUCCGACAAUUGAUCAAAAGUACUUGCAGAAUCCUAACUUUGAUCCUAAAAACCGACCUAGCAAUUUCAUGACUUCCAACACUGCCCAUAACAUGGGAUCUCUUAAUAAAAAUCCUCUUGAGUUUAAUUCAGAAACCAGUGCCUUUGUCCCUUAUCAGAAAGUUUCUGGUCUAAAAUCAGGAGAUGUUUAUUCCGAAGAUAACUCUUCAAUGAAUCCCAAUUAUGCUAAAAAUCUUCCUGGACAAAACAGAAAUAACUAUCAUGGUGUAGAAAAUACCGAACAGAUUUACGAAAAUGUUAGAGACUUUAAAAAAUCGCCACCUAAUUUACCCAACUAUGCACCUGCUAAAUUCAAUACCUAUGCCGACGUUCAGAGCCCAACUAGGAUUCCUAAAAACGUUAAAGAUCUAGCAUUUAGCACGUACGAACCUGGCGAAAUGGAUUCAAACGAAAUCCGUGAACAACAAAACGGGUUUAAACUUGGUAAAUACCGACAACCUGGUGGAUAUGCCGAUGAUAUUCCUAAAAAUUCCAACGGUUUCAGACCUAUCGAAGUGGGAAACUAUUCGAAUCCACCCGCACAUCAUUUUGAACCAAUCAACCCGACUGGACAGAGAGGAGUUGGUUCAGUAGGUAGUCAAACUGGCACUGAUGCACAAUUUAAAUCGUUGCAUACCAAUAUAUACAAUUCCAGUUCUUGUCCUGUUGAUUCGAUGCCUGAAGAAUUUAGAAGCGGUCAUCCAAAUCAAAUACAAGAAACAUCUACAAUUGGCGCAAGAUCUGGUUAUAAUUCUCAGACGAAUACAGAUCCAAGAACUCAGAAAUAUGGUCACCAAGAGAAUCUCGGUAAUGAAAUGUACACUACAGAGCCUGGUAACAGAUACGACCAUAAUAUAGAGGAUCCUUCAUACCAUGGACAACAAAUGGGUGUACAAUCUGGAAAUCUAAGCGGACAGGCUCCACAUGACAGUCAGAUGUACACUACAGAUCCUGGUAAUAGAUAUGGUUAUAAUAUAGAGGACCCAUCUUACCCUGGACAUCAAAUAGGUGUACACACUGGAAAUGUAAGUGGACAAACACCAAAUGCCAGUCAGAUGUACACUACAGAUCCUGGCAAUAGAUAUGGUUAUAAUAUAGAUGAACCCUCUUAUCAAGGCGUAAAACCUGGAAAUACCGGCCAUAAUCCAAAUGAUGCCAAUCAGAUGUACAUUACAGAUCCCAGUAAUACAAAAUAUGGUUAUAAUAUAAAUAACGUUACAAAAGAACCGUCGUAUUCAGAGAAUUUAACAGGUGUUAGAUCCGGAGGUCCAAGUGGUCAUUUGUAUAAUCAAACAGAUCCGAAAUAUGGCCAUAUGAAAAAUAUGUCUGAACAUCAUCCUAGCGACUUGAGAAUUAGCGAAGAUUUUCUGAAUCCGAGCCACGUCAACAUCGGCCUGAUUAAAGACAUAAACUAUUCAGAUAUAAAGACGGCUACUCACGAAACUGGCGAUUUUUACGAAGAAUACAGUCCUGAUAGCAUUAAAGAGAUCUUAAAUAACGUCAUACUACCAGAUUGCCAUUAUUGUAAGAAGCCUUUCGAAGAAAAUGAGUUCGCCGUAACUAUCGACAGAGCCAACGUCUUGUUCCACGCUGGGUGUUUCAAAUGUGCUGGUUGUAACCAGAUUCUGGCCGAUAAUGUGUACUUUUACAACAAGGACACUGAUAAUAUUUACUGUUUGAGAGAUUACGCGAAAAUACGUGGUUUUCCGAGGUGCAAGGCUUGCGACGAACUGAUUUUUACUAAAGAAUAUUGCUUGGCGGAGAAUUCCACGUUUCAUUUGAAGCAUUUCUGUUGUACUGAGUGCGACAUGCCUUUAGCUGGUCAAGAUUACCUAUUAGAGGACGAAAUGCCGUAUUGUUUGCCGUGUUUCGAACAAAACAAGGCCAGCAAGUGCAAUAGUUGCGGUAAAACUAUCAAACCUGACGAGGUGGGGUGUACUUUGAAAGAUAUACAUUUUCACGCGGUCGAUGCUUGUUUCGCUUGUAAGAUUUGUAAGGCGCCGCUUAUGGGUAAGAAAUUUUUGAUGAGGAAUGAUCAGUUGUACUGUUCUCACGAGUGUUUUGGUAGGGAUCAAUAA